CGACCCGAGGGCGCGGGCCCCCGACCCCACCCGCCCUUCCCGCCGGGAGCCCCGCGCGCCCCAGCAUGGAGUGGAGCUCGCUGCUGGAGGUGACCUCGCUGCUGGCCACCCUCGCGCUGCUGCAGCGUUCCCGCGGUGCGGCGGCCGCCUCGGCCAAGGAGCUGGCGUGCCAGGAGAUCACCGUGCCGCUGUGCCGCGGCGUGGGCUAUAACUACACCUACAUGCCCAACCAGUUCAACCACGACACGCAGGACGAGGCGGGCCUGGAGGUGCACCAGUUCUGGCCGCUCGUGGAGAUCCAGUGCUCGCCCGACCUCAAGUUCUUCCUGUGCUCCAUGUACACGCCCAUCUGCCUGGAGGACUACAAGAAGCCGCUGCCGCCCUGCCGCGCAGUGUGCGAGCGCGCCAAGGCCGGCUGCGCGCCGCUCAUGCGCCAGUACGGCUUCGCCUGGCCCGACCGCAUGCGCUGCGACCGGCUGCCGGAGCAGGGCAGCCCGGACACGCUGUGCAUGGACUACAACCGCAGCGACCCCGCCACGGCCGCGCCCGGCCCGCCGCCCCCACCAGCCGAGCAGCCAGCCUCGGGCAGCGGGCAAGGCCGGGUGCCCGGCGCCCGGGCUCCGCAUCGGGGCGGCACAGACGGUGGGAGCACCGGGAGCGCGGGCCGGGGCACUGGGGCGCGCGGUGGCGCCAAGGCCCCCUGCGAGCCUGGGUGCCAGUGCCGCGCGCCCAUGGUCAGCGUGUCCAGCGAGCGCCACCCGCUCUACAACCGCGUUAGGACUGGUCAGAUCGCCAACUGCGCACUGCCUUGUCACAACCCCUUCUUCAGCCCCGACGAGCGCGCCUUCACCGUCUUCUGGAUAGGCCUGUGGUCCGUGCUCUGCUUCGUGUCCACCUUCGCCACAGUAUCGACCUUCCUCAUCGACAUGGAGCGCUUCAAGUACCCUGAGAGGCCCAUCAUCUUCCUGUCGGCCUGCUACCUCUUCGUGUCGGUUGGCUACCUGGUGCGCCUGGUGGCGGGCCACGAGAAGGUGGCCUGCAGUGGUGGGGGCGCGGGAGCGGGGGGUGCGGGAGCGGGAGCGGGGGGCGCGGCGGGCGGCGCGGGGGCCGCGGGCGCGCGCGGUGAGUACGAGGAGCUGGGCGCUGUGGGGCAGCACGUGCGCUACGAGACCACUGGCCCCGCGCUUUGCACCGUAGUCUUCCUGCUAGUCUACUUCUUCGGCAUGGCCAGCUCCAUCUGGUGGGUCAUCUUGUCGCUCACCUGGUUCCUGGCAGCCGGCAUGAAGUGGGGCAACGAGGCCAUCGCUGGCUAUUCGCAGUACUUCCACCUGGCCGCCUGGCUGGUGCCCAGCGUCAAGUCCAUCGCUGUCCUGGCGCUCAGCUCGGUAGACGGUGAUCCAGUGGCUGGCAUCUGCUACGUGGGCAACCAGAGCCUGGACAACCUGCGGGGCUUCGUGCUGGCGCCGCUGGUCAUCUACCUCUUCAUCGGCACCAUGUUUCUGCUGGCCGGCUUCGUGUCGCUCUUCCGUAUCCGCUCGGUCAUUAAGCAGCAGGGCGGCCCCACCAAGACGCACAAGCUGGAAAAGCUCAUGAUCCGCCUGGGGCUCUUUACCGUGCUCUACACUGUGCCCGCCGCCGUCGUGGUCGCCUGCCUAUUCUACGAGCAACACAACCGCGCUCGCUGGGAGGCGGCGCACAACUGUCCCUGCCUGCGAGACCUGCAGCCGGAUCAGGCGCGCCGGCCGGACUACGCGGUCUUCAUGCUCAAGUACUUCAUGUGCCUGGUGGUGGGCAUCACCUCGGGCGUGUGGGUGUGGUCCGGCAAGACGCUGGAGUCCUGGCGCGCGCUGUGCACGCGCUGCUGCUGGGCCAGCAAGGGCGGCUCGGGGAGCGCCGGGGGAUCGGGGCCCGGAGGCGGCGCGGGGCCCGGGGGUGGCGGGGGCUCGCUUUACAGUGACGUCAGCACCGGCCUGACUUGGCGGUCUGGCACUGCCAGCUCGGUGUCUUACCCCAAGCAGAUGCCAUUGUCCCAGGUCUGAGCGGAGGGGUGGGGGUGGGGGGCAGGGACCCUGAAAGGGCGGAGGUUCCCACCGCGUCACCUUGUUGAUUGCUAUUAGCAUGAUAAUGAACUCUUAAUGGUAUCCAUUAGCUGGGACCUAAAUGACUCGCUCAGAACAAAGUACCUGGCAUUGAAGCCUCCCGGCCUCCUCGCCUCCAAUGACACUCGGAGCUCCUCCUGGCGGACUGCGCGGUGCUGGGGUCUGCUGCGCUCCAGGUUACCCGGUGCUGAGCUGGAAGCCUCUGCCGCAGCCUUCACCCGAGGGACACCUUUCCUCCCUCUCGACUCUUCCACGUGGACUCAUCCUCCCGUUGUACCCUGGAGGAGGGAGGACGGCGACCUAAUAGGAUUGCACGGUUUUGGGUAUUCUUAAUGACCAGGCAGAUGCCUUAAAUAAACAAGAUAUGUCUUAAUUAUACACCCUAAGUAAAUACGGGUUUCUUACAUUAGAGGAUGUAUUUAUAUAAUUAUUUGUUAAAUUGUAAAAUGUGUAAAAUAUGUAUAUAUCAAAGAUAUACAUUGUGUACAUUUUUUGUAAAAAGUUUAGAGGCUACCCCUGUAAGAACAAAUAUAAGUAUUAUAUUUUGUCAAUAAAUGACUUUUGAUAAAUGAUUUAAACAUUGCCCGCGCCCCCGCCUCUUCUAAGCUGUCACCUUUACCGUGCUUGCUAAGGGUGCAUGGGGAAAAUGGAUUUCUCUGGUUUGUCAUUCUGUACACUGACCUUUAGGCAUGGAGAAAAUUGCCUGUUAACCCCUAAUUCACAGACUGUUAACAAAGUAAAUAUCACUGUGGAACUGGAACCAAAAUCGAGAUUUUUCACCUUCUCCAAGGAUGGUGUUUAAAUGGUAGCUCUUUGCUGAUACAUGAAUUACAACUCACUUUAGUUGUGUAAAUGGGACUUUUUGCAAAGAUAGAAAUUCCACAUAGUCCUUGUUAUUUAUCUUGUAUGAUAUCACUAAAAGUUUCAAAACCUCACAUUCAUAUCUCGAGUCUGUGAUUUUCAAAGCACCUAGUUUUUCAGGAACUGAUCACUGUGUAAGAGUGGAGGUUGAUAUUCUAAACCAGAUAGGCCUGCAGUACAAGUCACUUGACAAUCUGGUAGUGGGGCAGGCGCUCUUUAAUGGAUUAAACUAACGGGUUAACAUCUUAAUAACCUUCCAUGCUUGUGUAUACCAAAUGUGCUUCUUUUCCUAGAGAAAAAGCUAUUGUUCCUCUGUCAAGACUAAGCUAAUUUAUUUGAGCAGAAGGCUGUUGAAUUAGCAGAAGAAUGCUUUGGCAAUUGUUGAACUUUUUACCUGUCUGCCCAGUGGCUCAGCACAUCAUUCCUUUAAGUGGAGCUAAAUGAAUAGGGUUAAUCUGUAGGGAACUUGGUCUUUUGAGUUUGAAAAACUUUGAUCUUUUCUCCUCUCCAAAUGUGCUGUAUGGUCUGAAGUUUCUUUCCCCGCUGCCCAGCUCCUCUUGCUGCAGAGCAAUUGGCCACCGCGGAGCCUUAAAGUUCUUCCAUUAAAGGGCUGUGGGACUUUUACUUUAAAAAGGAGAGAGAGCGAGGGAGAGGAAGACUUGUAACAGUUAGUGAAGACCAGAGGCACAAGUGCGCGCAGCCUUUUAAACAGCUUUUCCCGGCAUUGUUAGCCAGCCGGCAGGCAGCUAGGCGUGGGUUGAAGCAUUAUAGAAAAGGGCUCUGAAUGCCCUACAGGUGGUCUGUGCACAUAAUCCCCCAAUUUAAAGCAUUUUCCUUUGCUGGACAAUUGCAUUACAAAACUCCCUUCUUUUUCGCUCCUAAUUGAACCAAUGAACUAUUAUAAACUACAAGUUUUUCUUUAAAAAAAAAUCUUCAGUGCCUAAAUUCUAUUGACUAAAUUCUGGCAAGUUUUCUGAACUGAACCUUUUAAAGUACCGGAAGUGAAAACUGCUUCGGCAGACAUUUCUUUUUGAGAUAUUUUUAUUCCUUAUGCUUGUUAUUUUGGGGGCAGAUUAGCAAUAAUUUAAAAGUAAUUGGUGAGGUUGUGUGUUCAGACUGAAAAGAUAGCCCCAGGUUCCUUAUUAGCCUGUCAAUCACCAUAAGAAGUGGGCAGCUACCCUGCUAAUGGCAGGGGCAUCAAUCACUGUGGGGUGGAGGGGACUGGUGGUAUGCACUCUCCUUAGCUGUUUGUUCUCUUUAUUUUCUUAACAGGAACAUUUAAUAGUUUUAAAGAAAAUCUUUUUAAAAAAAUUAAUAGGAUGAAAAUGGCCCCUCUUCUGAUCUCUCUCAUGCAAGACGUUUUUGAGAAGAGUUUCCUGGCAAUGACAGUUUGUAAAUUCUUUCCAGCAUCCUACUUGGUAUUAAUUGGGUUUUAAAAUUUGAGUAUAUAAUAAGAAUGCCUACAUUAGCUAUCAUGCCAAUUUUGUUUUGUAAAAAACAAAAAUCUUUACCUUGCCAGUGAUUGUACUCAUUCUGUGUUAUAACUUAAGUACCCAUAGUGGGCUGUGUGGAACCCACACGGUAACUCAGGUUGUAGUGUGUGUACACUAGCCACCAACCUUACCUGUUCAGUCAUAGCACAGAAUUUUAAAGACUGGUCUUUACCACAUAUGGAGGAUGGAAGACUGUUGGAAGUCACUAGACAGAUAAGAGUUUUCUAAUGUGACAGUCUCAUUGUUGACAUAUUUUCAACCAUGGGGUACAAUGGGAAAUGCCUAACUUUAAGCUUUUCACAUUCUUAAUGCCUCCGUGUAUCCUUGUAAAGUGCCGUAUUUGAUUUCACUUCACUCACUCAUUUUAAAAACUGGCUAUGGUAUGCUAACUGUAAGCAAGAAAAACUUGUCCUGACAUUCUGGGGAUGCUUUCAGUAAAAAUACCUGCACCCAUCAUCACAGCAGACUGAGUUUAGAGGCUGGUGUUUUGCCUUUAAGGCCAAAAUCUGGAUUAAAAAUUUACCAAUACCUAAAUGGGGUUUAAAAACAUCCAAAAUUGAUUUCAGGGGUGGGGAAAACAGAGCAAGGUCCCUCUGGGUGCGUUUGUGUUAAGUGAUUACAUCAAAUACCAGGGCAUCCCCUAUUAGGGGAGUUUCUUUAAUUGCUAUAUGAAACAUGUUAGUUUUUGAAACUUUUGUCAAAUACUUAGGAGUGGGGAAGUUGUAGUUACUUGUGGCUAAAAGAUCAAUGUAAAUAAAAUCUAAGAUGGUUAAACCUCUAGCAAAGCCAAAGCUCAUUAAAAUCACUUGUGGGGUUAUGUGGAAUACACUCUUUGUGCUUUAUAAUAAAUGCAAUUCAAAAGUACCUAAGAUGGAAAAGGGGAAGCUUAUUUAAAAAAUUUUAAGGGCGGACAGUGUCACAUGACUUUCUUAACCUGCACUGAUUAAGUUUCAGAUGUCUGAGAUCCUUUUACCCAGGGGAAGGAAGCCAGAUUGUCUUGCUUGAAAGAAAAGCAUAGAAAGAGAGUCCCUCACAGAGCACAGGAUGCCGUUGAAAGUAUGGCAGCAAAAGUUCUGCUGAAACACUAAUCUCAAAUUUGAGGCGUGAUCAUCUUCCAGUUUGAUGCUAUGCUGCCCCCUUGUGGUGCCGCAAGGUGCUGGAAUCUGCAGGAUGCAUACGUUCCCUCCUUCAGACUGAGGACCGAGCUUCAGAGCCCACGCCCACAGCCUGGAAGUUAUUCAUAAUUUGGAGUCCUUUCUCUUAAGAAAAAGAUCCCAAAUUUGUAUUUGUUUCAGGCCUCACAAGAAAUACCUGGAUCACAAUCAGAUUAUUUUCAUUAAUUUCCGUGGAAUUAAGUCUUCAACAUAAUGGUUAUGCUGAAAUUAUGAUGUUAACUGUGUUGAAAUCAAAAGAUGUAUCUCUUUAAAAAUUAUCUUCUGAGUUACUUUUAGUUGAAGAAUUGGAUGCUUGCCAAAGUCUGCCAUAGUGAAUCAUUACUGGCAGAGACAAUGGAUAAUAAAGACUGC